AUGUCCGGUGUUAAUAAUACAUCCGCAAAUGAUUUAUCCACUACCGAGUCUAACUCUAACUCAGCAGUAGGCGCUCCUUCUGUUAAGACUGAGCACGGUGACUCCAAAGACUCCCUCAACCUUGAUGCUACUGAAGCACCUAUUGACUUACCUCAAAAACCCCUCUCUGCAUAUACCACCGUCGCAAUCCUAUGUUUGAUGAUUGCAUUUGGCGGUUUCAUCUUUGGUUGGGAUACCGGUACCAUUUCUGGUUUUGUUAACCUUUCUGACUUUAUCAGAAGGUUUGGUCAAAAAAAAACGACAAGGGGACUUACUACUUAUCGAAAGUAA